AUGGUUGUCGUCAAAGAUAACAUCCAAGCUGAUGUCUGGAGCAAAGGAUUCCCAAAGCAUGAUGAGACCGGAAACUGGGGCCCGAUGUUUAAGAGCACAAUUGAUGGAGUGCUCAAGGUCGCCGGAAGCGAUGCAAAGCAGGUCAAGACAAAGUUACAAGCUAUGUUGAAAGCUCUUCAGCAUAGCACCGUGAUUAUCAAUGUAGCUUCACCUUCGAGACUAGACGGUCACACCAAGCCCAAGCCUCUCGAUGACAAGCACUUUGGAUUUGAAGACGCAAUCUCGCAGCCGUCGAUAGAGGGGAUUGACACGCUUGAGGGAUCAGUUAGUGGCGCCCCGAACAUGAAUACUGACGCGAACAUCAUCGUCGUGUCAAACGCCAGUUCACCAGCAAGGGGGGGGGAACAUCCGGCGUGGAUGGAGGACGGAAUUUUUCUUGUCUCUCGCAAACAUGAGCAGGAUGUCAAGGCAGUUAGUGAUCUUAUCGACAAAUGGGCGACUAAUGGCUGCACCAGCAGAGAAUAA